UGUGCCCUUUUCUUUUUCCCAAUAUUUAAAUGAAGAUUAUAAGGUUAAAACAACGUCUAUAUAAAGGGAGAGAAGAGGGUGUCUACGAGCAUAAACCAAAUUAAACCCAUUUUUAGAAGUAAAGUUGGGGAAAAUGGGGUCAUCAAUGACCUCUCUCUUUCUCACUCUUUUAGUUCUAGCAGUGUCUCUCAGUUUGCCUUUUGAAACCUCUGCAGAUUACACUUAUUCUUCUCCUCCACCACCUCCUAAGAAAUACCCACCACCACCCUACCAUUACAAGUCUCCCCCACCGCCUCCUCCGGUCUACUCUCCUCCACCACCACCACACAAGAAACCUUACAAGUACAAAUCUCCUCCCCCACCAACUCCUGUUUACAAGUAUAAGUCUCCACCACCUCCACCACCAUCACCACCCAAGCAUCCUUACAAGUACAAGUCUCCUCCACCUCCACCACCAUCACCACCCAAGCAUCCUUACAAGUACAAGUCCCCACCACCACCACCACCAUCACCACCUAAACACCCCUACAAGUACAAGUCCCCACCCCCACCAUCACCACCCAAGCACCCUUACAAGUACAAGUCUCCACCCCCACCACCUCCAGUUUACAAGUAUAAGUCUCCACCACCUCCACCUCCAUCACCACCCAAGCACCCCUACAAGUACAAGUCUCCACCCCCACCACCUCCAGUUUACAAGUAUAAGUCUCCACCACCUCCACCUCCAUCACCACCCAAGCACCCUUACAAGUACAAGUCCCCACCACCUCCACCACCAUCACCACCAAAGCAUCCUUACAAAUACAAGUCUCCACCACCACCACCAUCCCCACCUAAGCAUCCCUACAAGUACAAGUCCCCACCACCACCACCACCAUCCCCACCAAAGCAUCCCUACAAGUACAAGUCCCCCCACCACCACCACCGUCACCACCCAAGCACCCCUACAAGUACAAGUCACCUCCACCACCACCACCAUCACCCCCCAAGCACCCUUACAAGUACAAGUCCCCACCCCCACCGUCACCACCUAAGCACCCCUACAAGUACAAGUCACCCCCACCACCCCCACCAUCACCCCCCAAGCACCCUUACAAGUACAAGUCUCCACCACCUCCUCCUCCAGUUUACAAAUACAAGUCUCCUCCUCCACCCCCACCCCAUUAUGUCUACGCUUCACCCCCUCCUCCUCACCACUACUAAGCCACGGCUUUGACCGUGCUCCAAUCCAAGGAAAAGAUAAUGCUGUGAUGCAAAUAAAGCUACAAAAAGAUAGUUUGAAAAGGAUAUAUCUAGAGAGAUAAAGCAAAAGAUUGGGACCCUAGACUAGUCUCCGCGUUUGAAGUGAAGAACAAUAAUGAUGUAGACAAAUUGCAUUUCAAUGCUGUAUUAUUCAGUGGUUUCGCCCGUAUUUAUUUAUUUCCAAUUCUGCGUAAUAAUAAAAAUGAUUAGUAUAUAUAA